AUGGACUCGGGAAUCUCGAGGCGUCCACUGAGGAGCCGCCGUAGAACGAGCUCUGCAGAUCCACUGUUUGCGAAGUUCGGCUUCGACUCCGUCACUAAUCUCGCCACAGAGUCCAGUGGCGAAAGGCUCCAUCAUAUUCCAGCAUGGUGGCCGCCGAGAACUCUGAUGUCAGACGCAGUGAGUUUGGGCGGAGAAGACGAGCGGUUUGGUGUGGUGGAUGGGUUAAUUGAAGAGGACGUGUCGCUGCCCAGCCGGAGACGCAUCCAAGCUUGCUCGUACGGCCGAUUUGCUGAAUUCGGCUCGAAAAAGGUGAGGCACAACUAUGGCGGGCGGCGGCGGUGGCAGAACGAUUGGAAACGAGACAACGGUGCACGAAUGUGGAGAGGUGUUGGAAAGACGUCGCACAGUGUGCGGCGACGAGCUAAGGCGUGCGGACCUAGGAUGGCUGAUGAAUUCGAGUCGACCUGCUCAUUGAUCGACGACAUCCUCUACGCGUAG